GCAUUGAUGUUCUGAGAAUUAAUAUUCAAUCGUUGGGUAAAUUUAUAAUUUGUUAUCCUAAUAUAAAUCCCUUUGGUUGGUGCACUGUUAAUGAAACGGUUUCCCACAAAGAUUUUAAUGGUAUGCCAACAUGGGGACUUUGUGACGGUGCUUGUGUGGUAGAAAUGGACGAAAACGGCCAGUUCGCUUUUGAAAGUCUGAGUGGAGUUAGUUUUUGGGCUGAACAAUACUUGAUUUCAUAUAAAGAUUGCUUCAAAUAUCUUAAAGGAAUGACUGGAAGUAAAGAUCCUAAACUUUUGGAGAAUUUUGACCCUAAAACCGAGCUUUGUGCCGGCAAAAUAUUUAAACUAAGAUUACAGAAUUUCAAAGUGGAUAAUUUAACAAUAACCAGAGAAAAUAUUCAGGGUUCUUCAACUCAGAUUGGUGAACCUACAAAUCCACUUCCUCAUUUCAUAGGAGGCACUGAUACAUGUCAAGGCGAUAGCGGAGGACCCCUCUGGAGAUGGCAGGCGUUACAGAAAAAUUCAACAGAGGAACGUGUUGUACAGAUUGGGAUAAUUGCACGAGGGGACAAGUGUGCAAGGGUAAACAGACCUGGAAUAUACACCAAACUUUCCAGCUUCAGGAAGUGGAUUAAGAAGAAUACACAAGAUGGCGAAUGUGAUAAAUUUGAAUAAACCUUUUUUCCUAAAUUGUUAGAAUUUGGGUUAUAAAUACAAAAAUACAAAAGUAAA